GGGCCACCACCUCACGACGUCCUUUGAAAGGAAAUCUCUUCCCUCGCUUCUACAUCCCAAACACAUCCUGUUCCUACAACAUUCCUUUUUCUCGAGUAUUCAUCGUCCAGAUGGCGCCGAGAUGCAAAGAUGACGAGGGUUCGUCGAACAAUGACGGAUGCGUUUGAUCACUGAGGCUCUCUUUAUUCGAGCGAGAUCUUUGCCCAAGGCACAAGUCGUCAUUUGAUUCGAACCUCCCCGAAAGGGUCGAGGCGGCCAGGCCAGCUGCUGCAUGUUAUUUUUAUCGGAAAGACGAGACACAUGCAUCUCUUUCUGCUGGGCCUAGAGUACCGACAGAUUCUGACGGGCGAGCCCUGCGCGCCGCGACGUACGCGUCAAAGAGACCCUCAGGCGUUGACGUCGAGUGUCGUCGAGUCUUCUCGGACCUUAAUGCGACAACCCACCUCGAGACAGAUGGACCCAAUUGACUUCCCUACAGACAAGUGACGACACGCAGAGAUGCCUCUUCAGAAUGACAGGACAUGAGUCUAUCUCAUCGAAAUUGGCCCUCGUCAGGUCAAUGACAAUGGCUUCGCCUCAGAGGCUCAGUUUUGGCUUCACAAGAAGACCUACCCCAGGACGUGCAGUUCGUGUCUCCGACUUCAGCCAAGAAGGCCAUUGUCUCGAGAUGGUCUUGGAGAUGGGGAAGAAUUUGCUUUCCUCUCUUCAGCCACCUCGAACCCGUGUGCUUCUUCUGUGCCUCUCUCUUUGACCAUACAUAUACAUGGUCAGGGCCAUGCUUCAACGCAUCUCCGUCGAAGAAAUGUACCUAGAAUAGCAAUCCAAAAAUCAAAAACAAAAAAAAGACAGAAAAAAUCCCCCCAGAAUCCUUUUGUCUCGGCCGGCAUACAACUUGAUCGAUUAUUGAUUGUCCCCCAACCCAGCCGCCUUCCCCUUCUCCGUUGUACGGCACUGUGUAACACUUUACACGGCUUCUUCAUCGACGGCGACGAGCGCGAUCCGCUGCUCUGCCACCCAAGGGAGGAAGACCUGGAAGUAUGAUGGUAUGAUUUAACUCAGCCGUCGCCCCGCGCUGCUUCUGUGGUUUGAAAUAUUUCGGCAAUUCACUUCGACAAAAACACAUCCAGGUAUAUACCUUGGUUAUUCUCAACAGGCACUUCCGCCUUUUUUCUUUCUUCUUUCUUCUUUCUUCUUUUCCUUUUUCCCUUUCCCUCUUCUUUUCUUCCUCUUUGGCUUCAUUUGGAUACGACGCUUGAAAAGCAGAACCCGAGAGCAACAGGACGAGACGCGGGUUACCCCCACGCCACUGGGCAGGAUGGAGAUCGCAACGUUGACCCCCGUUGCGGACUUUUGCCGCUUCGACGAGUUCCCCGACACCUCCUUCGACGCCUUCGUUGACCCGGACUCCUUUUUGGGCCUCGAUUCGUACUUUCACCUUGACGCCUGCGCCGAGGGGCUGGCUUCCGAGGCAGCAGCAGCAGCGACGACAGAACAGCUACAGCAACGACCGCGACAGAUGUCGGAAUCAAGCACCAUAUUUGAUGGUCUGCCGACCAACCGGCUCUCCGAUCUCGAGUCUCUCUUCGGCAACGCCCCUUGGCCGACGACUCCUCCGGCCUCAACAGUAAGCCCCGCCCGGUUGAUGCUCACACUGCCCGGCAAGACGUCAGACAAGACUACGCCGCCGCCGCCGCCGCAGCAGCAGCACCAGCAGCAGCAGACCCUCGUGCUGCCGAGCAUUGAACCAACGCAGCCCGGAGAGGACAACGACGGCUUCGAAGCUCUCUUCGCCGAACUGUCUGGCCCAAUCGUCGACGCCUUUCAGCUGCCAACCGCGGCCCCAACGCCCGUCCAAGACUGCGGCUCCUUCGCCCUCCCCACCGCGUCGUGGCCUGCGGGCGAGACCGAUCUCGUGUUCGAGUGUAAGCCAGAGGCCGGCGCGGCGGAGCUGGAUCUCUUUGCUCCUCAACCUCCCAACUGUGACACACUUGGUAACUUUGACUCUUUUGAUUCCUUUGACGUCCUCAACAUCCCCUUCCCCGAGAUCGAACAAAAGUACUCUCCUUCUCCGGCCGGGUUCUUUCAGACAUCGCCCCAAGCCCGCCGUAACCUGUUGCACGCACCACCUACUCCGCCGCUUGCCCAUUCAACCGAGUCUUUCGAGCCCUUGUUUCCCGAUUUAGCAUCAGUCUCGGCCGGCGAGAUCCCUUUCACAUUCGACGAGACCUCGGUAGAUUUGUUUUGUUCCCUCCCUCUAGUCGUAUCUCUGACCGCUCCGCAGCUGGAUGUCCCCCGCAGCGUCCCCUUCGCCACCGUCAGUAGCGCGACCAAGCUCGUGCACCCGAAGCCCAAGUCGCCCAUGUCUGCCAGCUUCCUCCGUGGACGCAGCGAACCCCUGGCGAAUGUCACGCCAUCCAGCAUCCUCGACAGCCAGGGCCUUCUCGAUGUCGCUGCCGUCUCGGCAUCGUACUUGACUCCAGCUCCCACCCCUACAAGGGACAUUGUAACGCCGGUCGUGGAUGGCAAGGUCCUGAAGCGCAUCCCGAGGCCGACCAAGGCCAAGGACGUGGACGCCUCAGACUGGUACGACGCUCUCGCCGAGACGCCGGCCGCAUGGGGAGGCCACGACCCAAACAGCCUCAUGUUCCAGUACAACAAGGAGGGCGAGUUGUUGCCUAGCCUGCGAUUCUCCAGAGAGCAGAUUUUCUCCUACAUGAAGGGACGCAAGGACCAGGGUCUCCCGCUGACGCUCUGGAUUCAGAACGUCCCCCACGGAUGCAAGACCCGCGUUGCGGAUGACAGGCUGCGCGCGUGUCGUUGGUCGGGAUGCCCGGCCUACAAGGGUACUAUCCUCAAAGGGUUCUGGCGAAUCUGCUUCGACGAGCGGCCCGCCACGUCGGGAAAGCAACACGACCCGUACCACAACGCGGGUUACAUGCAUCUAUGGUGCCUGGACCGCUGCUUCGAUCUCUUCGAGAUCUCCCACGCGUUCAACCUGAAGCCUGACACGCGCUACUUUGAGAAGGAGGAGCGCAACCCCAUGGCAAUGACGCGUGACCACGACGAGCUGAUGAUGGAAUUUGAGAAAUGGCGCACUUCGCAGAAGGCGGCCUACGAAGAAUGGCAGAAGACGUGCCAGGCGAACAAGAUGCUGGGCCUCCCAACCGAGAACCGAUUGGUCCAGAGGGAAGCCAAGCUGUGGCACGUCUUGACAGCGAAGCAUCUGGCCCUCGAGACGCCUGUGCGAAGCAACAUGCGAAGAAAGAGAAACGGCAUCUCUAUUGACAAGCACAAGGGUGAUCUCGAGUGGUAUGUCGAAAGGGUCAAUGAGAGGAAGUUUACAAAGAAGGGAGAGGUUGCCAACUACGACGAGGUUAACACCGAGGAUGGGGGCGUGCUUGAGACUCAAGCGAGCAGCAGGCUGCGCACCGCGAGCAACACGAAAAGGAAGUUUGAGGACUGGGAGUUGCACGCCGAAGACGGCGGCUUUCGGCCUCAGUCAUGCCGGCACAGCAAACGUCUGCGACGUACUUGA